AAAUGCAAGUCGACGUUAUGAUAUUAAUAUCCCUCUCUAACCACCUCGUGUCAUAAGUCCAUCUGGUAUCGUCUUGCAAGUUUGCUGCUUUGACCCUAAGGUCACCUGACUCGCUUCGCGUUAAACUAAUUAUAGCACGUCACCCUCAAAGAAAACACGAUUUAACACCGUCUCAAAACAAACGCCAACUGCAGUACCUCAAUGUUUUCAGCUGGUCCAAAUAAUCCACGCCAGGGGACUGCUCAGCCUGCUGGUGGUCGCAAUCGCCGGGCUCAAGGCCUACGACAAUCGCCGCCCCCUACAGCCGGUGCCUCGAGCAAUCCUCUCGGCGGGUCGGUUCUGGGCGGGGGUCUAUUUGGAAACACUGGCGGGGCGAGAGGUGGUACCGGGCACCACCAACAACGCGAGAGAGACCGUGACCUUACUUCCCAACAACAGCGUCCCCAGGAGCGCGGUACGGUGGUAGAACUGAGCGAGGAACAAAGGGCUGAGAUUAAUGAGGCUGUAAGUGCACUCAGUUCUUCGUGCCCCGCGCGUAAGAUGCAUGGCUAGAAAUUCGCUUACGGUUUCAUGAUGAUACAGUUUCACCUCUUUGACCUUGAUAAGGACCGCAUGAUCGACUACCACGAGCUCAAGGUUGGUAUAUUCUGACCCCUUCCGCUCCAGCAAGUUGCUCCCAGCUGAAACUUCGGGAUCAAAUACAGGUUGCAAUGAAGGCACUCGGAUUUGACGUUCCCAAACCUGAGCUUCUUCAAAUUCUUCGUGAGCACGGUACCCCCGGCCCUGGACAGCAGGCCCAGCCCGGUGCGCAGCCGAGCAGGCUGUACGUUUCUCAGGAGGCAUUUACUUCCAUCAUGACACAGAAGAUUCUGGAGAGAGAUCCACUGGAUGAGAUACUAAGGGCAUUCGACCUAUUUGCAAAUGCUGCUGGUGGGGGAACAGGCCAAGAAUCGAAGAUAGGGAUCGAGGAUUUGAGAAGGGUAGCGAGGGAGCUCGGGGAAACAUUGGAGGAGGAGGAGUUAAGGGCUAUGAUUGAGGAGUUCGAUAUCGAUAACGACGGGAUGAGUAUGUUUCCAACUUGUUUAACAUCCCUGUUUUUGUCUCAACCCUCUAGUUGGUCGAAAUUGAGACGAAGUGCAAUGCUGACAUGGCUGUUGUGCGAAAUAGUUAGCAAAGAGGAAUUCAUUGCCAUCUGCCGAGGCGAAUGAAAAAUUUCCAAAUACUAUAAGGCGCCGUGCAUUCUUGUGCUAUUUGUUUUGUUUUUUUUGUUUUUUUCUGUAUUUAUUCCCUCGCCUACCCCAUUCUACCGUAAGCUCGGCCCUGCUGAUAUAAUUGGAACACGAUAGAUACUUAGUCUAUGAUUUUUUUUUCCUUUUUCCCCCUUCUUUCCUUUCUUUUCAAUACCUGAUAAGCUCAGCUGGGGUAUCUGCCUCUAGUUUUAUUACUUCGGUCAAUUGUAUUGUUAUCCGAAAUCAACACAUGGUGGGUCAUCGAUGGAGUGCAGAGCGAUGGCAUUAAGUGACAAAAUUGAGAUGGCGUCGCACACGCAGAAAGCGAAGCAUGGGGGUUAAAUUAAUAUACCGGUAUCCAAGCAACAAAUCAGAAGGCAGACAAAGGCUAGAGUUCGCCAAAUGUCACGUGGGAUGUGAGGAUCUACAUGGGGUCACAACUACAGUGCUCGAGCAUUGUAUUGCCGGGGUGUUACUAAAUGCGGGCAGUUUUCAUAUUAGACUAACAAUAUCGCGGCACUUGUCUCCAGACACUUGAGAAGUGAAUCAAGAUCACAUUAUUAUAGGGCGAGAUAAAGUGCCCUUUUUCCUUUCUAUCCCAUUUUACCCUAUCCCCCCAUUAUUGAAAUAAUGAGAGAUUCGGAUUCGGCCGACCGGGUGAACGUCAUAUGGUUCACUUUAUUAUACUUUAUAACCCUGCGGUACUUACCUGCACUACACACCUCCCUCUAUUGUACCCUUAUGGCAUUCGCGAUAGAUAUAAUUUCAAAUUAUCGCAUAUGGGAGAAUCGUUCAGCCUGUCCAAUCUGCAGGUAUGAAUGGCACUACGACACGGUAAGUCUAACCCCGGAUCUCCGGAUAUGGGCUUCUAUGCGGGGUAGUUCGAAAGGGGCAGUCACCGGGGGGAAGAGAAGUGUCCGGCUAUGGGACGGAGGGAAUUUAUGCCACGAAAUCUGUGAAUAGUGGUAAACAUCUAUCUUGCCCAACUUGGUUUACUGUUAAUUGUGAAACCCAUGAUCUUUAUACGAUGCCCUCCUUCCUUCGUUCCUUCCUUCGUUCCUUCCUUCGUUCCUUCGUUCCUUCUUUCUUUCUUUCUUUCUUUCUUUCUCACCCGUCGAAAUAAAAUAAAAUAAAUUGUAAUAUGUUAUGAUACGGUACUGCACGCCUUGAAACCGAUAUAAGUUAUACUACCACCAAUUCGAGCCAGGCCCCCCAAGAAGCCCUACCUGCUUCUACCCAUUAGCCGAAAGAGAGAGGGAAAAUAGGCAAAAGAAAAAAAACUGCCAGCAGAGCAAAAAAAAGGGGGGGGGGGGAAGGGAAGGA